AUGGGUAUUUGCUGUGGCAAGACUCAAUACGUUCAAUCCAGAGACUAUGAGAAAAAAAAGGAAUAUGAAUCCAGUUUGAGCUGGCUGGAUACGCCGUCAACAUCGUCUGCCAGUGAUAAACAAAAUACCCGUUAUGACGAACCUGAUGAUAGUCUGAUUAAACAGGGUUCUUUGAACAAGGUUACCUCAAAAUCAUCCAACACUUCGUCAAGCAUAAUCUCGAAUAUCAAAUCAUCAUCAACAGAGCUGUGUUACAAGGAAUCUCAAGUCAMUGAUGAAUCCAUUGAACGGAAAACAAGCUCGACAGCUAACAGAMAUCCAMGCAACAUAAGUUUGCUUAUCAAAUUCAAACCAGGAUGCGAYAGCAUUGCAUCUCCUUUAAGCCAAACAAGUCUUCAAUCUGAAAUCGACAAAGCAAUAGAAAGGAUUACAAAAAUGGAUUCUGUUUGCAGUUUUUUUGAAAAGCAAAUGCACUCAUGUCUCAACAUGUCAGGCGACAAUCUUGAAGGUCAUUCACUUCUGGAUUUGAGGCUAUCGGAUGUCACGUUGCACGACACGGAUGCCGAUUCUCAAGCCGAUAUGAAGGAGAAUGUAAAACUUUUGMUAAACACUCUUGAUGAAGAGUCAGUUGAUGAGAUGACGUCAGGAGAAUCAGASACUUUGUCAUUAUCGMCCAGCGAAAGUUCAGAAACAGGUUCCUAUUUUCAACUGUCCAAAGACAUUAAGAAGGUCAUUCAGAAGUACAAAACCGAGAUGCCUUUCUGUCAAAUUGAUCAWGRCGAAUCUCGUGCUAACUCUAAUAUUGAAUCUCUGACAUUUACACACGAAGGUGGUGGAAAUGGCACAAACCAAUGUUCAAACAUUUGCUCCUACCUUCGAAUGUACAAGGAUGAAGCGGAAGCGGACGAAAAAGCUGUACAGGUCCAAGACGUUUUCUCAGGUGACCCUCCUCAGGAUUCGUCUAUUGAUWUGUACAAAAUUGAUGAUUGGCUUAAAGAUCUUAAGAAUAACCAUCAUUGGGUAAUACCAAAGUUAAAGUCAUAUUAUGACUUAGAAUGUGGCUUCAAAACGAGCUACAGCAUGGGCUUGGAGUCGGAACUGACAUCACCAACUGGAUUCUCUYUUGACAUKCGUGAAGAAUUUGACGCAUGUAUGGAAAUAUUACGACUUGAGCAGUCACUUUCCUACAUGAAGCUCGAUGACAUCUGYUCUUGCAGCGUGUUUGACUUGCAGAACAGGAUCAGGAAAUGUAUGGAUGCAAAGCCAAUACCACCUGGUAGAUCUUCAACUUUGUCUCCACAACGUAAAGGAUCUGGAAACUCGUCCGAUUCAACACUAUCCAGUUGUUCUUCCUACUAUCAUAAACAUGCAGAUAUGGAGGUUACCUCGCCAYCCUCUUCUGGAACCUCAUCACCCAGUGAUUCGUUUGAUUAUGAGAUGCAAAAAGAGUUUGACGCUUGCAUGGAGAUCWUAAGACUUGAACAAUCACUCUCUUACAUUAAACUCCAGGAAAUUUGUUCCUGUUGCAAGUAUACUCUUCCAAAGUAGUUAUAUGAAUGCGUUAUUAUUCAUGGGAUACAAGUAAAAUGAG